AUGCCAUCAUCAGGCGAAACCGGGGCAGGCGCCUACGUUAGAGGUGGUAUUGGCAAGAAGAACACGCCUACAAACAACAUCAACGGAGAUCACCCAGACCCUAACUCUCCAAAUACGGACACUGGUAAACUGGGCAAAACACCCUCCAGACGCUCGCCCAGCUUCAGCGGUCUUGUUGAUCAGAAGCGUAACAAGAAAGAUGAGGAGAUAAGGGCGGCUCAUAAUGACCAGAAAUUUCGACAGGGAAUGUUUGGAAGGAUGUGGAAUAAGUGA